AUGUUGUCUCUACUGCUGCUUGUGCUGAUCUCAACGGCCGUCCUCGCCGCUCCGGUUGAAAAGCCUGUAGAGGGUAUCCCUGGGGAGCCUCAUUUAGACUCGCAAAACGCUCGUCGAAAUGUUGAUGAGGUAAAUGAGCUCAGUGCCAGCUACCGGCUGCACGUCCCGGCGAAACAAGCGCGCCCGUACCUCAGCAACAUCUCAGCUGCGUUUAUCGCACUAGCCAUUGUAUAUUUCGCGCACAUUAUUACGAAAUACCAGAAAGUUAAAGCUGAAGGAGACGACGUGGAUGAACGGUCUUUGCAGGGAGAGCGCUUGCAUCCUAACAUUCGGGACGCGUGCCUGGUUUCCUUGGGGAUAGAUAGCUCUGUUGCAGGGGAUUCGAAGGACGAGCUGGCCCUCAGAAGACUUCCAGAUGAGUGA